GAUGCUUUUUCUUUCUGCAUAAUUUGAAAUCUAACAUUUCCAGGCACUACAUGCAGUUCAGCUCUUUUCCCUCCAGCUUGAACUUGCAUGCUGGAACCAAACAUUAUGCUAAUGAUCUCCAAGGACCUGGCACUGCUGUUGCUUAGGAACAAAAGUUUCACAGGCUGUGGACAGAGAACUGAAUAGAGGCACUGUAGCUGGGGAAGUCCUUUUUACCACUCUCUUCCCCUCAACACUCACAUACACAACAGUUUCUUGAAGGGCUGCCAUUUUCCUUCAAGGAAGUACGAUUCAGUAUUUACAGGCCUCUGAAAAGGAAAUUGUCCUGUGCUCUCCUAUUUUACAAGCUGAAAGACUAACUCAUUACUCAAGGAAGAGCAGACCAGAGGACAACUGCACGGUAACAGACCAUGAAGGCUCAUCCCACACUACUGAAAAAAACUAUCAGCUUGUGACACCUGUACCUUGGCUUUUAAAGUCCUCCUAGCUGCUAGCCGGAAGUAACAGCCACUGCUUUCAAAGGCUUUUCUGGGAUUCCUACACUUCAUCCAGAUUCUGGUGUGUUUCUCUCUCUGAAGAGAUAUGGCCAAGGGGAAAGCAAAAGGACCAAAAGGGAAAAAAAUUACCUUGAAAAUUGCCAAAAAUUCCAUCAGAAUCUCUUAUGAUGGAGGGCUCCGUCUUGACUUAAGCAAGAUGGGUAUCACCACCUUUCCCAAGUGCAUUCUGAAACUGGCUGAUGUGGAUGAACUUGAUUUGAGCAGAAACAUGCUAAAAAAGAUCCCAAACAGCAUUGAGAAGUUCCAGAAACUGCGCUGGCUGGACCUGCACAGUAAUCAGCUCGAAGAGCUGCCCAAGACAAUAGGUACACUGCAGAACCUUUUCUACCUGAAUAUUUGCAAUAACAAGCUGACAACUCAAAGUCUGCCAGAGGAGUUGAACCUUCUCAAGAACCUGCGCUUUCUCAACCUUGGCUUGAAUUGUCUUGAAUGCAUCCCCACCAGCCUUGGGGCCCUGCAGGAACUUAAGGAAUUAGGUCUCUUUGACAACUUAUUGACCACCAUCCCAAACAGUGUGAAAAAGCUCCCCAAGCUCAAGAAACUGAAUACAGAAAGAAACCCUUUCCCUGAUUCAAUAGAAAAAGAAGAGUGUGUUGAUCCCAUCAAACGCAUAGAAACGCUUUACUUAGUACAAGAGAAAGACCUGUGCUGUUCCUGUCUGAAGACAUGUCAGGAUGAGAAGGACAAGAUUAACGAGUUAAAGAACAAAAUGCCCAGCCCCUCAAAGAAGCUCAGCUUCCCUUUACUCCUUACGCCCAAUUCCACCGCGAAGAAUAACCAAGAGCAAUGGAGAUUAAAAGAUGAAGAUCCCUGAAAUCUAUCAAGCACUCCACAUGGCACAUCUCAUACAAUCCAGCGAAAACUAAUAAAAAAGCUGUCCUCCUCCCUUUUUCUGCAGUUCUCUUCAUUUAAAGAUACUCAGUUUUAGAAGCAGAUCUGAAUAGUCUCUCUAAGUAACUCAAGGUCAGCACAGAACAUGCUCUGUCACCUCCCACUGGAAGAAAGCUUUCUUUUCCUGCAGUGGUAAAACAGAGGGACAUCAAGUUGGAAUCUCCACUGCACAAUUACUAUAACAUGCCAAAACGUCCGCGUGUACAUCAGUCACUGUCUGCUCUAAACAUGCAAUAAAGAGGCCAUUAUGUAGAAACAUUAUGAAUUACCUCUCUAACCUCACCAUACUGACUAUCUUUCCCACAGUAACCAUCUGCGUAGACUUUACCAAUAAAGUCAUAUUAAGGAGGUAAUAAUUAUUAAAUAUGCACAGUCAACCACUUAGCACAUUCCUCUUGCCUUCAUACUGUGGAUGCUGUACACUGGAAUGCUUUUCCGAAUUCUGGGGACACAUUUAAAUCUUUUAAAUUAGGGGGAACAAACAGGUAAGU